GCGGCGGGAAGAACCACCUGGAGGCGGCGGGGGGGUUUGAUUUCCAUCACCCCUAGGGAGAGAGGAUCCGGGACCCGCUGAUCUUCCAGCUCCCCUCACCCCACGUCGUGCACACUGCAGAGACCUUCCUACCCUCCAUGAACACGUGUGUACAGGAUGUACAAGUCAAAUGAGUGUCCUCUCUCCUGAGCUGCUACUGUAGGUAGCUCCGACUUGGAGCUGUCCAACGGGGAAGAUGGAUUCCAAAGAUGAAAGCUCCCAUGUGUGGCCGACGUCUGCGGACCAUGAACAGAAUACUGCACAGGUGCACUUUGUCCCGGAUGCUGGCACUGUGGCUCAGAUUGUGUACACCGAUGACCAAGUUCGUCCACCCCAGCAGGUGGUGUACACAGCAGAUGGUGCCUCCUACACAUCAGUGGACGGUCCAGAGCACACACUGGUCUACAUCCACCCGGUGGAAGCUGCACAGACUCUGUUUACAGAUCCAACUCAGGUAGCUUAUGUCCAACAGGAUGCUACAGCUCAACAGGUGCUGCCUUCCAUUGAGAGUGUGGAUGCUUCCGACCCUCUGGCAACUCUGCAGAACCCAAUUGCCAGACUAGAUGCAAAAGAGGAAGAGGAAGAGGAAGAAGAUGAGGAUGAGGAUACAGAGGAAGAGGAAGAAGAGGAUGCUGAAGACACCGAUGUGGAUGAUUGGCAGCCUGACCCACCCCGGCCUUUUGACCCCCAUGAUUUGUGGUGUGAAGAGUGUAACAACGCACAUUCUUCUGUGUGCCCAAAGCAUGGCCCCUUGCAUCCGAUCCCUAACCGGCCUGUGCUCACUCGGGCAAGAGCAAGUCUGCCUCUGGUCCUCUACAUAGAUAGGUUCCUUGGGGGAGUGUUCUCCAAGAGGCGGAUUCCCAAGCGCACCCAGUUUGGUCCUGUGGAGGGGCCUCUGGUCAGGGGGUCAGAGCUGAAAGACUGCUACAUUCAUCUCAAGGUUUCUCUUGAUAAAGGAGACAGAAAAGACAGGGAUUUGCAUGAAGACCUGUGGUUUGAGUUGUCUGAUGAGACCCUUUGUAACUGGAUGAUGUUUGUGCGCCCAGCCCAGAACCACCUAGAACAGAACCUGGUAGCUUACCAGUAUGGCCACCAUGUGUAUUAUACAACAAUAAAGAACGUGGAGCCCAAGCAGGAACUGAAGGUGUGGUAUGCUGCUUCCUAUGCUGAGUUCGUGAACCAGAAAAUCCAUGAUAUAUCUGAAGAAGAAAGGAAAGUUCUUCGGGAGCAAGAGAAGAAUUGGCCCUGCUAUGAGUGCAAUCGUCGGUUCAUCAGCUCAGAGCAAUUGCAGCAGCAUCUCAAUUCUCAUGAUGAGAAACUAGACGUGUUUACCAGAACAAGAGGCAGAGGAAGGGGUCGAGGCAAGAGGAGAUUCGGCCCAGGCCGGCGACCCGGGCGUCCUCCAAAAUUUAUCCGUUUGGAAAUCACCAGUGAAAAUGGUGAAAAGAGUGACGAUGGGACACAGGACUUGCUGCAUUUCCCCACAAAGGAGCAGUUCGAUGAGGCUGAACCAGCUGCUCUGAACGGACUGGAUCAGCCAGAACAAGCGUCCAUCCCAAUCCCCCAGCUGCCACAGGAAACCCCGACUUCUCUGGAGCAGGAACCAGAAACUCACACCUUGCACCUGCAGCCACAGCAAGAAGAGACUGUAGUGCCUGCCCAGACCACUUUGACAGCGGAUGAUAUGCGAAGGGCCAAACGGAUCCGAAAUGCAGCUCUUCAGCAUUUAUUUAUCCGGAAGUCCUUCCGGCCUUUUAAAUGUCUGCAGUGUGGGAAGGCCUUCAGGGAAAAGGACAAACUGGACCAACACUUGCGCUUCCAUGGGCGGGAGGGGAGCUGCCCUUUGACCUGUGACCUCUGUAACAAGGGCUUCAUCAGCAGCGCCUCCCUGGAGAGCCACAUGAAGCUCCAUUCAGACCAGAAGACUUACUCUUGCAUUUUUUGCCCAGAAUCCUUUGACCGCCUUGAUUUGUUGAAAGAUCAUGUGGCCAUUCAUAUCAAUGAUGGCUACUUCACCUGCCCAACUUGUAAGAAACGGUUCCCAGAUUUUAUCCAGGUGAAGAAGCACGUGCGCAGCUUCCACUCGGAGAAGAUCUACCAGUGCACCGAGUGUGACAAGGCCUUCUGCCGCCCCGACAAACUGAGGCUGCACAUGCUCCGGCACUCCGACCGCAAGGACUUCCUGUGCUCCACCUGUGGGAAGCAGUUUAAGCGAAAAGACAAACUUCGGGAGCACAUGCAAAGGAUGCAUAACCCUGAAAGGGAGGCCAAGAAAGCUGACCGCAUCAGCCGUUCCAAGACCUUCAAACCCCGCAUCACGUCCACAGACUACGACAGCUUCACGUUCAAGUGCCGUCUCUGCAUGAUGGGUUUCCGGAGGCGAGGAAUGCUGGUAAAUCACUUAUCCAAGAGGCAUCCAGACAUGAAGAUAGAAGAGGUGCCUGAGUUAACCCUCCCCAUCAUAAAACCCAACCGCGAUUACUUCUGUCAGUAUUGUGAUAAGGUUUAUAAGAGUGCCAGCAAGCGCAAAGCCCAUAUUCUGAAGAACCAUCCAGGAGCUGAGCUCCCACCAAGCAUUCGGAAACUUCGUCCUGCUGGCCCUGGAGAGCCUGACCCUAUGCUGAGCACCCACACCCAGCUGACUGGCACCAUCGCCACCCCUCCUGUCUGCUGCCCACACUGCUCCAAGCAGUAUAGCAGCAAGACCAAGAUGGUCCAGCACAUUCGAAAGAAACAUCCAGAGUACGCCCAGCUCCCCAACACCAUCCACACACCGCUGACGACAGCCGUGAUCAGCGCCACCCCAGCUGUCUUAACCACAGAUAGUGCCACUGGAGAGACUGUGGUGACAACAGACUUGCUAACUCAGGCAAUGACAGAACUGUCCCAGACCUUAACGACAGAUUACCGAACACCUCAGGGGGACUACCAGAGGAUUCAGUAUAUCCCUGUGUCUCAGUCGGCAUCUGGGCUGCAGCAACCUCAGCACAUACAGCUUCAAGUGUUGCAGGUGGCUCCGGCCACUUCCCCACAGCACUCUCAGCAGUCCACCGUGGAUGUCGGCCAGCUGCAUGAUCCUCAGACCUACACGCAGCAUGCCAUCCAGGUGCAGCACAUCCAGGUCACAGAGCCCACCGCUGCAGCUCCGUCAUCCUCCCAGGUAGCUGGGCAGCCAUUGAGUCCCUCUGCUCAGCAAGCACAGCCAGGGCUCAGCCCUUCUCAUAUCCAAGGCAGUUCUUCCACACAAGGGCAGGCUCUACAGCAGCAGCAGAAUUCCUCCGUACAACACACAUACCUCCCCAAUGCUUGGAACUCCUUCCGUGGUUAUUCAUCUGAAAUUCAAAUGAUGACACUGCCCCCGGGUCAGUUUGUGAUCACAGACAGUGGCGUAGCAACUCCUGUCACUUCUGGGCAAGUGAAAGCCGUGACUCCGGGUCAUUAUGUGUUAUCAGAGAGUCAACCAGAAUUGGAGGAAAAGCAAACCUCUACCCUCUCCGGUGCAGUCCAGGUUCAACCCUCUACACACAGUGACUCCUUGGACUCUACAAGCCCCAGCCAACAACAGACCACACAGUAUAUCAUCACAACCACCACCAAUGGGAACGGGAGCAGCGAAGUGCAUAUCACCAAGCCGUAGCCUUCAUCCUGCACCUGGAGUCAGAGCUCAAACCACAUCUUUUUAUUCGAAAUCUGAAGCUUCAAA